CUUAGUAGCUCUUAAGUCUUUGGCUGUAUCAGAACGUCCGGAUAUAUACUGAGUACUGAGCAAAGGCAAAAGCAAAAGCAAAAGCUGAAGCUAAAGCAACACCACCAUUAUUUUAUUAUAUUUUUUUAAGAGGUGAAAAAGACUCGGGUAAAUGGGCAAUGUGAUCAUAAGAGUUUUUUAAAUUUGUAAUUUAUAAAUUGAUGGAUUUUAAGUAAAUAAUCGGCGCAAGUAACCAAGUGAGAAUGAGUAAAAUAAAUAAAUCAAUUUUGUUUGGUUUCAUUUUUGGAGUUAUUUUUGAAAUUGUUUAUAUUGGAGCGGUAGAUAAAAAUAGUAAUUACGAUAAUUGUCCUAAUAAAUGUUGGUGCUAUCACUCAAGUGUAAGAUGUAUGUUCCAAGGGCUUACUUCCGUACCAAAAGUACCUAUAAACACAACUAUUUUAGAUUUACGGUUCAAUGAUAUAGUAAAUUUACCACCUGGUACAUUUCACGGUCUGAAAUACAUGGACACAGUUCUCCUAAAUGACAAUAAAGUUAAACAUUUAAGUGCAAACACAUUUAUCGGAAUGCCCAAAUUACGUAUUCUUUAUUUAUAUAAAAAUUACAUAACAUCAAUAACACCCGGGGCUUUUUCCCAUCUGCCGAAUUUACGCCAGCUUUAUCUCCAGAACAACAAACUUAUGGAGAUACUUCCAAAUACAUUCAGCAACUUGCCGCGUCUCGAAAGAUUAUUUCUACAGAACAAUGAACUGAGAAAAAUACCAGCAACUGCCUUUGAGAAUAUCGGCUCGAUGACGAGAUUACGUCUCGAUUCGAACGAUCUUGUCUGUGAUUGCGAUUUGCUAUGGCUGGUUGAAAGAUUGAGAGAUAAACCGUCCGAGAUGGCUGCUAUUUGUCAAUCACCCACUGAAAUGCAGGGGAAAUCCUUGACGACCAUGACUAUCCAUGACUUUCAUUGCAAGACUCCGAAAAUAAUUCAAGGUCCUGGAGAUGUUGAGGUAAAAGAAGGAGAGACUGCAUAUUUUACUUGUCGCGUCGACGGGGAUCCAAAGCCGGCUAUAAAGUGGAUGAGAAAUUCCGAUCAAGUUAACGUUGAUGGCAAAAAAUAUAUUUUAGAACAAGACGGGACUCUUGUUAUUCCGCAAGUGACCAUCAAUGACAUUGGAGAGUAUGAAUGUAUCGCUGAAAGUAAAAUGGGAGCAGAAAUAUCACGGAAAGCACGUGCUGUUAUUACUGUUAGUCCAGCAAUUCGUUUUACUCAGUUACCUACAUCACAAACAGUAACAACCGGAGAAGAUGUGACGCUGACAUGUAAAGCCGACAGCCAGAUGCCCUUAAAAUUGGAGUGGUGGAAAGAUGGUCAGAGAAUAUCACCCGACAAUCAACGAAUAUUUUUUACCGACAAAUCAUCUUCUUUAAUAAUUCAAUCAGUAAUUCCCCGGGACACUGCGCGUUACGUCUGCCAAGCGCGGAACGUAAAUGGCUUCGCCGAAGUAAGCGCGGAUUUGCGGGUUCUAGAGAAAAAUUCCAGCCCGCCGAAAUUAAUUUACGAGCCGCCGAAAGAUUUGGACAGCGAAGUAGGAGCCACGGUAGAAAUUCCAUGUCGCGCUGAGGGUGAGCCCAAUCCAGUGAUACAGUGGAAGAAAGACGGAAGUGCAUUGGAGCCCAGGCUGUCGUCAAUUAAAAUCUCCCGAGGCGGUUCUCUGUACAUACAAAACAUAUCGCUGACAGACUCCGGACGUUACGAGUGCAAUGCAGUAAAUGAUAACGGGCGCGCAACAGCUCAAUGUCUUUUGCGAGUACACCCAGUCCUUGGUAGCAGCAACACCAACAGUAAUAGCAUCGGCUCUACAUCCGAUACAUUAAUAAAGCGUGCGUUUAAUGACGCAACUGAAACAAUUGACCGCGCAAUAAAUCAGACGCUUGAAUCUCUAUUCGGUAUUAAAGACAAUGAUAAAGCGACAAAACAUUUUGAUCCGUUUCGCAUCACCAGGUUCCCGAACGCAGUUGCCAGGGCCGCGGCAAGGCCGGCAGAAAUUUUUGAAAGAACUUUGCUAAAUAUACGACGUUAUGUCAACGUAGGAAUGUCUGUUAAUUCAUCGUCUCCAUUUAAAUAUGAAGAUAUUCUUACUUCCGAGCAGAUCAAAGAAAUAGAAAGACUAUCUGGUUGCACCGGACAUCGUAAAAAACAUACGUGCAAUAAUUUAUGCUUCCAUACCAAGUACCGCAGCAUUGACGGCAGUUGUAAUAAUUUAAAACAUCCCACGUGGGGUUCAUCUUACACCGGAUUUCGUCGGAUACUCCAGCCAAUUUAUGAGAACGGAUUAUCGCAACCAAUUGGGUGGGACCCGUCGCGCCUUUACUAUGGGUUCAAAAAACCACCAGCGCGUUUAGUGUCGACGAAAUUAAUUUCCACUCACAAAAUAUCUUCGGACAGCAGAAUCACUCAUAUGGUAAUGCAGUGGGGUCAGUUUCUAGAUCACGAUUUAGAUCAUGCAUUGCCAGCAGUAUCAUCUGAAUCGUGGGACGGAAUUGAUUGUAAAAAAUCAUGUGAAAAUGCAGCUCCGUGCUUUCCCAUGCAAGUACCGCCGGGAGAUCCGCGUAUCACUAAUAGACGGUGCAUUGAUUUUAUUAGAACGAGCGCUGUGUGUGGGUCGGGAAUGACGAGUAUUCUUUGGGGACAAGGUAUUAUGCCACGAGAACAAAUGAAUCAAUUGACGAGUUACUUGGACGCUUCUCAAGUCUACGGUUACAAUGACGAGCUGGCAUUAGAUCUAAGAGACAUGACUUUGUCACGGUCUGUAAAUAAUGACGGGGAAAAUAAUGACAACAGAGGAUUACUGAGAGAAGGAGUUACUUUGCCGGGUAAAAAACCUCUGCUCCCCUACACGACACCUGGACAGUUUGUUGACUGCAGAAGAAAUCCUGUUGAGUCAUCGAUAAAUUGUUUUGUCGCUGGAGAUAUUCGUGCUAAUGAACAAGUUGGUUUGCUGGCGAUGCACACGAUCUGGUUGAGAGAACACAACAGGAUAGCCAGGAUACUAGGGGAAUUAAAUAGCCACUGGAGCGGGGAACGUCUGUACCAGGAAGCGAGAAAGAUAGUCGGCGCUCAAAUGCAACAUAUCACCUAUCAGCAUUGGCUGCCAAUUAUUUUCGGCAAGACAACUGAGGAAUUAAUCGGGUCCUGGAAUGGUUAUAAUCCGGACUUGGAUGCCAGUAUUUCGAAUGUUUUUGCAACGGCAGCGCUGCGUUUCGGCCACUCGAUAAUACAGCCGAGGUUGGAGAGACUGAAUGAUGAUUUGUCCAGCAUUCCUCAGGGGCCACUUAAUUUACGCGAUGCAUUUUUCUCACCCUGGCGAUUAGUCGAUGAAGGAGGAGUCGAUCCUCUAUUACGUGGGAUGUUCUUGACUGCUGCGAAGCUUAAAAUGCCGGAAGAAAAUUUAAAUACUGAGUUGACUGAACAGUUAUUCAGAACAGCUCAUGCAGUAGCGCUGGAUCUGGCUGCUAUGAAUAUUCAACGAGCUCGCGAGCACGGUAUUCCUGGUUACCUUGAGUGGAGAAAAUACUGCAAUUUGUCAUCAGCAGAUCAGGUGAUCGAUAGCUUUGAUGAUCUUGCUAAUGAAAUAAGCAGCGAUAAAGUAAGAAAGAAGCUCCAAGAACUCUACGGACAUCCGGGUAACGUUGACGUGUGGGUCGGUGGUAUUCUUGAGGAUCAACUACCAGGUGCUAAAGUAGGCCCACUAUUUAAAUGUCUGCUUCUCGAACAGUUCAAACGCACGCGAGACGCUGAUAGACUGUGGUACGAAAACCCUUCGACAUUCAAACCCGAGCAGCUUCAGCAAAUUAAACAGUCAAGUCUCGCCAGAAUUCUCUGCGAUAAUGCUGACAAUAUUACGCGGAUACAGAGAAAUGUUUUCAUUCUUCCGGAUAGACAAGAUGGCGGCAGUGAGGCCGACAAAAUGGUGUCUUGUCAAGAUAUUCCCGCAGUUGACUUGCGAUUCUGGUCCGAGUGUUGCAGUGAUCUAGACUCGACCUGCACCAGCGUAAAUGGAAAUUUGCCAAGAGUCAGAUUGCCGAGGUCACCGUCAGCUGAUAAAUAUUUAGAAGUUUUUAAUAAGCAGCAGCAAUUUAUUGACACUGAAGGUGUAGAUAAAAACAGAGUUACGGAGAUGAUUGAUUACGUCAAAGAGGAAGCUAAAAUACUUAAUAAACUCGUGAAUAAAUUAACUGAACGUGUCAAACAUCUGAAGAAAUUAAUAGCCAGUACUAACAGUACUAUCGAAAGUUUGAUGUCAUCUUUGUAACAUCAAAAUUCAUUUUUAGAUUAACUUUUAUCUAAAAAUCUAAGGAAUGUUGAUACUAUUAUUACAUAUUUAAAAGUAUACGCUUAACUAAUGCAUUUAAAUACGAUGCGUUUUUAAAAAUUAAAAAACAUUAUGAUAAUAUAUUAUUAUAAAUUUG